CCCCAAAAAAACCCCAAAAACCCCCCAAAACCCAAAAAAAACCCCAUGGCCUCUAUGGGGCGAGCCUUUGCCGUGGGGCAGCGGCUCUUUGGGGCCGCGCUGGCCGCGCUGUGCCGGGGGGCGGCGGCGCUUUUGGGUGCCCCGCGCGGCCCCGCGCCCACGCGCUGCUCCUGGGGGCGCUGCUGGGGCUGGGGCCGCUGCUCAGGGGGCGCGGGGACCCCCACAGCGUGCUGGCCUCGCCCCACAACCGCCUCGAGGCCCGCCUGACCUCCUCGGCCGCCGCCUGGACCUGGCUCCUGAUUGGCUCCCUGCUGGUGGCCUCCACCCCUGGCUCCGCCCCCCCUGGGGCUCCGCCCUCCGCGCCCUCGCCCGAUUGGCCGUCGGCCUGGCGCUCUCGCGGGCCGGCCACGCCCUCGGCACGCCCUGGAGGCGGCCACGGGCGCCUGCACCUCCCCCACCCCGCUGGGGACCCUCCUGGUGCCCCUGGGAGACCCCGCGGCCUGCCGGGGGGGCGGGGCACAAGUGGGAGGGGUUUAGCCCCGCCCCCCAGGCCUUCGCGCUGGUGCACUGCGGGCUGGGAUUGGCCGAGGAGGCGGCGGCGCUGGGGCGGAGCCUGUACGGGCCCAAGAUGGCCGACGGUUCGGCCAAGAUGGCCGCCGGGUGCAAGAUGGCCGCCGGGUACAAGAUGGCCGCCGAAUCCAAGAUGGCGCCCUGGUACAAGAUGGCGCCCUGGUACAAGAUGGCUCCCUGGUACAAGGAUGGCCGCCGGGCGUGACGUGAGGGAAGAAUCCAAGAUGGCGCCGGGUAUGACGGAAGUGAAGAAUCCAAGAUGGCCGCGCGAUACAAGAUGGCCGCCGGAUAUGAUGUGAGUGAAGAAUCCAAGAUGGCCGCCGGAUACAAGAUGGCGGAGGAAUCCAAGAUGGCGCCCGGAUCCAAGAUGGCGGCGCGCUACAAGAUGGAGGAAGGAUCCAAGAUGGCCGCCCCGUGGCCACGCCCAACAUGGCGGCCGGGCUCGCCGCCGCCUCGCCCAAUCGGCUUCGAGUGGGCGGGGCCUCCUCACUACGGCUGGGGCGGGGCCGGCGGCCAUCUUGGGCGGCCAUUUUGGGGCGGGGGCGGCCAUUUUGAAGAGAGCAGUGGCGGCCAUUUUGAUUUUGGCGGCCAUUUUGAAGGAAGAAGCGUCGGCCAUUUUGAUUCCGGCGGCCAUUUUGAUUCCGGCCGCCAUUUUGAAGGAAGAAGCCUCGGCCAUUUUGAAGGCGGCCAUUUUGACUACGGCGGCCGUUUUGAUUCCGCCGGCCAUUUUGACCGCCCCGGCCGCCAUUUUGACCACCCGGGCGGCCAUUUUGACCCCGCCGGCCGCCAUUUUCUCAGCGCUUCUCCUCAAUUUGAAGGCGGCCAUCUUGCCGGCGGCCAUGUUGGCGACACCGGCGACCAUUUUGUGGCCCCGCCCGCCGCCCUGUCCAUCCUGUACCUGCUGGCCGUGGCCCUGCUGGUCACGUGCACCUCCUGCUGGUGGUGACGCUCACCUACCGCCACACCUGGGCCCGCAACGCCGCCGGCGCCGCCCUGGGCUGGGCCGCCUGGGCCCUCACCUACCGGGGGUGGUACCGGUGGGCGUGGUCACCGGGGCCGCCGGGGUGGGGCUGAGGGGCGCGGCCAAUGAGAAAAAAGGAAAAAAAUCCGUGAAAAAAAUAAAGAAAAACGAGGGGGAAACAAUGAAAAACUGGAAACAAGAUGGCGGAAAUUUGGCGGGAAAAUGGGGUGAAAGGGGAAAGGGGGCGGGGUUUAAAGGGCGGGGUGGCAAUGAGGGGAAUUUAGGGGGAAAUUUGG